AUGGAGUCCCCCACUGUCAACAAAUGGAGUCCUCUGCAGACAACAGAUGGAUUCCCCCGCAGUCAACAAAUGGAGUCCCCUGCCGUCAACAAAUGGAGUUCCCCACAGCCAAUAAAUGGAGUCCCCCACAGUCAACAAAUGGAGUCCCCUGCAGUUGACAAAUGGAGUCCCCCACAGUCAACAAAUGGAGUCUCCCGCAGGCAACAAAUGGAGUCCCCCGCAGUCAACAAAUGGAGUCCACCGCAGUCAACAAAUGGAGUCCCCGGCAGUCAACAAAUUAAUUCCCCCGCAGUCAACAAAUGGAGUCCCCUGCCGUCAACAAAUGGAGUUCCCCACAGACCACAAAUGGAGGCCCCCACAGUCAACAAAUGGAGUCCCCCCACAGACAACAAAUGGAGUCCCCCACAGUCAACAAAUGGCGUCCCCCCACAGUCAACAAAUGGAGCCCCCCACAGUCAACAAAUGGAGUCCCCCGCAGUCAACAAAUGGAGUCCCCCACUGUCAACAAAUGGAGUCCCCCACUGUCAACAAAUGGAGUCCUCUGCAGACAACAGAUGGAUUCCCCCGCAGUCAACAAAUGGAGUCCCCUGCCGUCAACAAAUGGAGUUCCCCACAGCCAAUAAAUGGAGUCCCCCACAGUCAACAAAUGGAGCCCCCCACAGUCAACAAAUGGAGUCCCCCACCGUCCACAAAAGGAGGCCCCCCACAGUCAACAAAUGGAGUCCCCCCACAGUCAACAAAUGGAGUCCCCCCACAGACAACAAAUGGAGUCCCCCACAGUCAACAAAUAGUCAACAAAUGGAUUCCACCGCAGUCAACAAAUGA